GCUGCUGCUGCUGCAGCUGCUGAGCUCACUUUGCCCGUCUGUCUGGCCAUCUUUUGCUGGAGAUGGCAAAGCAGCGUUGACAUGUCUUUGGCCAGGAUAGCAAGGUGAGUGCCUCUUCGGGGAUAACUCUACCUGCUUCUAGAGGCUCCCUGCCUCCAAAGCCAGCGAGGGUGGGUCAUAGGAAGCAUCCUUAUAGCGAGUCAGACCAUUUGCGCAUCAGGAUUUUCUGUGCUGCCAGGCAGCGGCUCUCCAGCAUUUCAGACAGGGUACCGUCCUAGACUUACCUGGUGAUGCCACGGGGAUUGAACUUGGGACCUCCUGCAUUCAAAGCAGAUACCUUUUUUGGAAGGGUGGUGAUGUCUGAUUAACUGCUCAGGUAGGUGUGUGUGUGUGUGUGUGUGUGUGUGUGUGUGUGUGCUUUAUGAACUUGGAUGAACUGAGGAUCUUCCUGCUCCAGGCAAUCUCCCAAAAGGAAUCUUGUGCUGUAUGAAUUUGGAUGACAUGUAGAUUUUUGAGCUCUAGGAACCCAGCGCCUCCCCCCCCCCAAAAAAUAGGAGUCUUGUGGUACUGUAAAGAAAUACUAACAAAUGCAUUGUGGUAGCAUAACCUUUGGUAGACAAAAUGGGGAGGUUCGAAUAAUGGGUUUUUAUGAGCACCAGGUGAAUACCUUCUUGUUUUCUCAGAUCUUUUAAUUUAAUUUACAGAGCAAUCCUAUGCAAUCAGUUCCAUAGGGCUUACGCCUAGGAAAGCGUGUGUGUAUAGGCUUUUAGCCGCAACCUAUUUGAUUUUUGCUGAUGGUUGCAUUGUAUGAGUCUUUUAGUUUGGUGUUGCUCUUGUAGAUUCUGCUGUUCUUGGUGUAUUUUUGCUCACUUUAAACAUUUUUAUAUAUUUUGAAAAUCUGUAACUUGCCCUAGAAAUUCUACUGAAGGGCAGGAGGCAGAUCCCUGUGAUCAAUCAAUAAAUACCAGUGCACAAACUUCAGGAAAACACUUUAUAUGCAUGUGACAAAAUGAGAUUUAGUGUACAGAAGCACUGGACGCAAUAAACUUGUGUGCCACCCUCUGGAAAUGGGUAGAAUAUUGUAAGGUUCCUAGGUUGAAUCCUCAGCAUCUCCAGGCACAGCUGGGAGAAAAUCCUGCCUGAAACACUGGAAAGCUGCUGCCAGUCAGUGCAGACAUUGCUAAGCACUCAAUAUAAGGCACCUUUCUAUUUCCCUAAUGCCUUGGGACCCCAUUUUCAUUGUUGUCCUUACAGGCAGAACUGGACAGACCACCCAGCUGCUUUGCUAGCAGGUAUUUCCUGUGGUGAGCAACCCAGAAUGCGACUCUCUUUCUUUUUUAGCCUCCUCUCGGGGAAACGGAGCUUGGAGUUCUCUCUUCUCAGUCCGCUGCACGUAGGUAUCCCAUUUGGCCAGGGCUGCCCUGUAGUUAAAACCCGCCUCUGGCGGGUGUGUCACAGGGAGGAGGGAGGCUGCUUGCCCCAGGCGUGCUUAUUUAUAGCUGUGGAUUCAAGAGGCAAAAAGUUCAGCCGUAAUUGGAGGGUCUGGUUCUGUAGCCUGGAGAGGAUGACUUCUCUCCUGGCAUCCUAGGGAGUAAGCUGGCUGACCUUUGCAAGGUUUAGAAGGAGGUGGGUGUCCUCCUCUUGGGGUCAGCCUACGGAGUGCGUGGCAGCAAGGAAUCGGGUUUUUUUGCUUUGCCACAGAGUAAAAAAAAUGAUGGGCGGCUGCAGCCAAUCCUGGCUCUCUGAGGGCUCCUCUAGACGGUUGGGUGUGCGAAGACUGUGUGUUGGUCAGCAUGCACUGAUCUACACACAUAAAACAAAUUCAUGCAUAUGCGUCAUCCAAAAACCCAUCCCAACCCCAUGCUUGUAUUCUGCAGCAUGUAUGGACACAAUAAUGCUACAAUUUCAUGCAUGCUUUAGCGAUUGAUUCCUCUUCUCAGGAAACUCUGGGGGUUGUAGCUGUGAGAGGGGAAUAGUCCCUCUCCUCCCCCCCAACAACUCUCAACACCCUUACCAAACUAUAAUUCCCAGCAUCCUUUGCGGGGAAGCCAUGAUGGUUUAAAGUGGCAUGAUACUGCUUUAAAUAUAUAGUGUAGAAGGGCCCAGUAUUGAAAGCAGGACCCAGUCUUCCUAUAUAGCACUUUUAUUAAGUGCUGGGCUAGCUCAGUCUGUAGGGAAUGAGGCGUUUAAUCGUGGGUUUGAGCCCCAUGUUGGGCAAAAUAUUCCUGCAUUGCAGAGGUUGGGGGCUGGAUGACCCUUGUGGUCCUUUCCAACUCUACAGUUGAUUCUAUGCUUAAAGCAUAAAUUAUCUUGGCAAUCCUUCCCCAAACCCUAUAUGCCAAUCUAGUAUUAUUAUUCCCUUGGGGUUGAAGGGAAUCACAUGAUGAAAGAUGGUGGCCUACCUAAGGCUAUCCAUACUGGAGUUUUUUGCGGUUUGGAAAGUGACAGGAAAUGCUUUGGCAGUGUGAGAUGAGUGGAUUAUUAACAAGGAGACAUGAAAAUAUCCUACAGCCAGGAGGAAUGAUUGAUAAAUACGUUGUCUGGAGGGACCCCUACUAAGGUGCCAGCUCAGAAACGUGGGAAUGACUAUGAGUUGGGGCGCAGGAGAAGCAGUCUCCCCAGCAUCUGACAGUCUGCCUGGUACAAGGCUGACUCUGCAGGAGACCCAGUAUAAGGAAAGGGGCAUCACUUGAGGGGCUGUACAAAGGAAUCUGGGCCUUUUCCAGGAUGUGCAAUUUCUCUCUUUGUACUGAUAACCAGAUAUACUUAGGGCCCCUUCUAGAUGUCCCUUUUAUUCAGCAUUCAUGAUGAUAUUGGGGCAGCCAUAUGCAAUCCUGCUUUUGAUAUUCUUUACUCCUGCCAAAGUUACACUGCUGCACUUCCAAUCAGCACAUCUUCUGCAGCUUAAAGAAUACACCCCCAAUAAAACCUCGGUCUGGAAGGGCCCUUAGUGCUGCUUUUUGCCCAAAACCAUGGGCAAAUACAAGACAAAAGUAAAAAGUUGCACAAGGCAAAGAGUAAGGGACAGGCAGUGGGUAGCAGACAGCUCAGGAAACAGCUGGUCUUUUUGCUACAAGGGAUGGAGCAAUGGGGACCCUCUGCAGCUUCCUCUCCUCUUGCAAUAGGGCUGGGAAGCUACAGGAAAGCUGACAUGGCUGAUUGCGUAAGGAUUAACAUUGGACUCACAUUUGGGGUGACUCAAGGAGCCAGACAGUUGCUCAAGCCACUUUCAGAAGCUGUGUUUGAAGACCUGUCUAUCAUGGCAUCCCCGGAGGAUAAUAGCUUUCACUGGGUAGGGGUUAGGUGGCCCUAUUUGUUCUCAUAUAAAACAAUGAGAGGUUUUACUACUAUUAUGUAUAAUUUUUGCUAAAUAAGAUGAAUUAGUCAUGCACAGUUUGGUGACAGAAUAAAUGUUCUCCGUAUAUGAAGCUUCUCCUUUGAAACCCGCCCCUUCCCCCAAUAUCUGCAGUUAAGGAAUCUUGAAUAGCAUGGAUGAUGAAAAGCCCUGGCCUAAUUCCCUAGGGAGCUACAUUUGAGAACUGCAUCCAGAGGAAGUUCAGAUUGUUGGUCCAUCGACCUCAGUAUUGUUUGUUGGUCUUCAAGGUUGAUCGGUCUCUGGAGUAGGAUUCUUGCUUUGGGUUCAAGAGGGCCCUGGGUUUGGUUCCUAGACAUCCCCAUGAGGUCAGGAGAAAGAGCCAGGCUGGAUCCUUACUGACCUGUUUAACUGAGCUGGAUGGACAGAGGCCUGACUCAGUGUAAGACAGCUGCCUUACGUUCCUACUUAACUCAGACCUUUAUUCAGAACGAUGAAGACUAGAAUCUCACUUUAUGUUUAGGGCCGUAGCACAUUGGGAGAGUGCAUGAUUUGCCUGCAGGAGGUUUCAGGUUCCAUCCUGGCAUCUCUAGGUGAGGCUGGGAAUGUCCCCUGUCCCAAAACUCUGGAAAGCUGCUGCUGUCAGCACAGAUAAUACGCAGCUAGAUGGACCAAAGGUCUCAGUAAAAAGCAGCUUCCUAGGUUCCAAAAGUGCCCCCCCCAGCCCCACUAUUUACAUCACACAUUAUUUGCAAAAACAAGUGGCCAAGUGUGGCUUUUUUUAUUUGUUUCUGAGAACUCUUUAAGUCUAUUUGGAUGAACGUAGCAAGGAAAUACUCAUUGCAUUUCCCAGAGACAAAUGGCUUUGGGCUACUUAGCAUGUGCCAGAUAUUUGGUGUGAAUCCCAUUUACUCUUCUGUUCUGAGUACCCCCUGUGUAUGAUGAAGUGGCUGUUGCUGUACCAUUUGUGUCUCUCCUAAUAGAGAAGUAACCAUCUGUGAUUCCUACUGGGUGGGAGGAGUGAAAGAGGGGGAGGCAUUUGCCACCUCUGAACUAAGUGCCGGGACCUGGUUAAGGCCUGCCGAGAUCCCAGCUAUAUCAAAUUCUAUUAAUAGUCUGCACAACAACAAAAAUGUGCAUUAUUCCAAUAGGAAGUACCAUGAGAAUAAGACAAAAAAUUAUAUUUGAAUAUAUGCUGGUUCUUAGGUGAGGUUGCAGCUAAAAACAUCUCAAGGGAUAGCUCAGUUAGUAGAGCAUAAGACUCUUAAUCUCUGGGUCAUGGGUUCAAGCCCCACAUUGGGCAAAAGAUUGCUGCCUUGCAAAGGGCUGAACUAGAUGUCACUUGUGGUUCUUUCCAACUCUACAGUUCUAUGAUUCUAAGGCUAACAAUCUAGCUGUGUACACAUUGUACCUUUAAAGCAGGGGUCGGCAACCUAAGGCCCAUGGGCCACAAGCGGCCACGGGGGUUGUUUUACCGGCCCAGGAGCCUCCCUCAAACCAAGCCUCCCUCAACUAAAGCGGCGCAGUGUGGCACGGGGACUCGCUUCCGUGGCGCCGGAAAUUGCAUCUGUGCAGAUGCAGAUGCCGGAAAUCACACUCACGUCCACCCACAAUCCAGCCCACAGAGGGGGCUCCACAGCACUGAACCGGCCCAGGCAAGGUCAACCUUGCUGACCCCUGCUUUAAAGCAUGUAUGCUCCCACCUCAGAGAAUUCUGGGCCCUAUAGUUUGCCCCUCAUAGAGAUGCAAUUCCCAGAAUUCUUUGAGGCAGUCAAAUCAACCUUAGUCAGUGAUUGAAGUGGGAAUCAAAGGCCAUUGCAGGGGGGAGGGGGAAAGGGGCCUGCUCUGAAUUAUGCCAGCAGGUGCAGAGCCCAGGAGAUUGCACCAUUUCCUCCCUAGAGCUGGGAGGAGACCAUCAGAGCCUCCAAUUCACCAAGAGGCCAAGGAGUGCUGUUGCUGCCACAAUGGCAGCAGCAACGCGUUCCUUGGAGGCUGGAUCUGCGCUUUCAGAUGGCAAUGAAUGUAAUAACAUUGGGGAAGCACCGCAGAACAACUAAUAAAGGGGACUGGUGCAUGGACAUUUCAGUGCAAAUCCACCACUAAUGCCCUAUUAAUGUGUUAAUGACAUGCCACACUGCUGCAGAAUAAACCUGCGUGCGCACAUAAUCCCCAUCAGUCUGGAAGGGCCCUAGACCCUAGGUUAGCAGUCAUGAAAUCUGACAAGCCAGUAAGCUUCCAGUUCUGCCAUACUUAGCCAAUGGAUUAGUGGGUCUUACCGAUGAGGUUCCACCAGUGACCUGCCAUCCCUGCCUCUCCCCUGGACUCAACAGAUUCCCCCAAGCUCUGCCCUGCUAGCCCUGAGAUCAAAGGCAAGCCAUCCUGUCCAAAGGCACCUCCCGAGUUUCUUGGCAUUUCUUUCUGAAAAGGAAGCGGACAUCAAGGUCCCGCGUCAGCCAAAACCCCUUUAGAUUAUUCCAAGCUGCAUAGAAGCGAAUCCAUGACACUUUGGUGGCUUUUUCCAACCUCCCGCUGUCUCCUCCUUCCUAUAACUGACCGCCUGGAGGGGAGUGCAAAGAUACCCUUUUCCAUGGCAGAGUUUGCUUUGUUCUGUGGACGGCUGAGACCGUAAAGAUAAGAUUGCUGGCUCCUUUAUUUUUUCCUGCUUUGUUUCCUUUUGGAACCUCAGCACACAAAAAAUCAGAGCCCUUUGACAACAUGCCCAGUAGAGUUUCCUUUUCCUGGUCGGGUCAUUCCCACUUCAAGUGCUGCUGUCUAGAGUUUUGUCUUGGCUCUUGGCUGCACCUUCCUUGGGGCAGGUGCACUGGCCUGGUUUUCACAUACGGAGUCUUUUGAUGCUAGAACACAAAACUGAAAUUCUUCCCCUGCUCAUGCUUCCACGACUGUGAGUCACCUCUCUAGAGGGUCACUAUUGUUGCAUGCCACCCCAGCCUCUGAGGGGUGCAAGAUUCAUUGGCUUCCAGAUACUUACCCAGGGUUAGUUUUCCUUGGAAUGAGGGACAGCAUAGGAAACUCAUUGCUGAUCACAAUUUCCAUUUAAAUGGCAUAAGGAAUGGUAGCUCUCUGAGGGGAAUAGGGGCCUGCUAAUAACUCUCAGAACCCUUAACAAACUACAGUCCCUGGGAUGCUUUAGGAGAAGCUAUAGCUGUUAAAGUGGUAUCAUAGUGCUUUAAACAUACAGUCAUACCUCAUGUUACGUUUGCUUCAUGUUACGUCUUUUCAGGUUGCGUCCCGUGGCGACCCGGAAGUACCGGAAAGGGUUACUUCUGGGUUUCGCCGCUCGCGCAUGCGCAGAAGCGCCAAAUCGUGCCACGCACCUGCGCAGAUACGGUGCUUCAGGUUGCGGGCUUUUCAUGUUGCGAAUGGGCCUCUGGAACUGAUCCCGUUUGCAACCAGAGGUACCACUGCACUGUGUGGACAUAGCCUGAGUCAAAACAUUGCAAUUCACCGAAUCAGUUAUAAGUCCACAGUGUAUCAACACCAACAACUGCUCACCUCAUUCAACAAAAAUCAUUCACUGCUAGGAUUAUUAUUGUUAGUCACCAACUGUUCCAUUCUUUCUAGAGUCAUUUCCUCUGACAGAUAUUAUUUCACUAAUUGACCACAUUCUCUGCUUCUAGGGCAACUGUUGACCUGUUGAUACCCACCCACUCCUCUAUUCACAGAAAAGGAAUUUUCCUAAUCUUCACAGCGUGAGUGAACUUUUAAUGACAGGAAGUAAGAAGCAGGAAGCUGGUUACAAGCGCUGCCAUAGGAGUUCAGCUGCGGAUUCUGAAGAAGCCACCCAAAACCUAGAGUGGUAAAACCACCAACCUAACCUAUUGCCCAGUUCAGGGCAAAGCUCUGGCAACCAUCCCAACUUCCCAGAGAUACCUUGACAUCGCAAAGUCUCCUCACAACUCUCCUUCUGAAACUGAAGGUUGCUCAUUAUCCCAGUACUGUGGACAUAAAAUGAGGCCUCUGUCUCCCGGAGAAGGACUUUCCCCUCUUGGGCUGCUCAACCGAGGGCCCGACUACCUCCGUAAGCAGCUGGAGGGGAGUACUGGGGGGCGGACUCCAAGUGCCGUGGAAAGGCUGGAGGCCGAUAAAGCCAAAUACGUCAAAUCCCAACAAGUCAUCAACAGCCGCCAAGAGCCAGUGCUGCUCUGCUACACCUUCCAGUCGCCUGCUUGUGGCAGAAGAGCCUUGACCCUCCACCAGCAAGGCGAGUUCUCUCAGGUAGGCCAAGAUGGCCUUGGGCCCAAGAAGCUGCCUCCUUCUCCUCAGUCGCCCAUAGCACGGAGAGGGGGCGGCAGGCGCAUGCUGAGGCCCGAUUCGCUUGUUAUCUACCGGCAGAAACGGGACUGUUCGGCUGUCAACAAGGAGAACACCAAAGGCUACAGCCUAGUGAGGCGGCUGUUUCAAGGCCCGUUGAGAGAUGGGCAUGGUGCCUCCCCUUCCUCUAGAGGCAUGUUGGGAGAUGGACAGCUACAAGUUACACAGGAAGAAACCUCCAUGGUCUGGGUGCCAGCAGAAAAGGAGGAAACAAGGACCAUAAGUUCAGUAGGCAUUCUAAUGAGGACGUCCGUGGGAUGUGCUUCUGAACGCAGCUUGGGACACCAGCCCAGCUCCCAGCUGGUUAUGGACCAAACCUCUUCUUCCACGAGCCCAGAACCAUCUGACUCCAAGAAAGAGCUGGCACCAAGUUAUUCUCUCCCUCUCUCGGAGAAAGAGCGUUUUUUUAACUACUGUGGCUUGGACCAGAACCUGGUGGAGAUGCUGGGAGCUGAGCGGUUCAAGCCGGGGAGCUGGGAAUUGGGGUCCUCCUGUGUCGUCCUGGGGAGCGUGGGGUCAGCCAGUUCUGAGCAUGACUGUCUCUCACUCAACGAAGAGGAGCUGUCUGUAGAAGAGCUGAGCGAGAAGCCACUCACAUCGGUCUCUGUCAUUGAGCGAAACGCCCGUGUCAUUAAAUGGCUGUACAGCUGCCAGCAGGCCCUGUCUGUGGCCAAGGAGUCCACUGUGUGAAUGGAAACAUGGUCUCAAAUGCAAUUCUUAUCACAGGAAAGGGAGGGCCAGUGGCUGGGCCUCACUGUUCCUGUAACCUUGCAAGUGCCAGUCAUGUGCCUAAGUGAGGGCCCAGUUCUUGCCAUCUUGAUGAUGGCAACAUUCCCAUCAUGGGAAGCCAAGCAGGGAGUGUCUCUCACCAUGAAAUUAUGGCAAUUGGUGUAUGAUGGGUGCUUUUUAAAACAGUCCUGCAUUGCCUGUAUGCAAAUAUGCCUGUGAGGUAGAAAGGGAUACACAUGUCAGGACCAACGUGAUUUUCAACUGAGGCCUAAAUUAUGAGGGCAAAAUUUGGGGGUUUGGGACAAAUAAUUUUCCUCCUCUCUUUCCCCGCUAUAAGUAGUGGUGACCAGCAUAUAAAUUAUACGUUCUACAGCAGUGAUGGGGAACCUGUGGUUCCCCAGAUAUUGCUGGACUACAUUUCCCAUCAUUCCCGACUCUUGGCUAUGUGGAUUGAGGUUGAUAGGAGUUGGAGUUCAAUGAUACCUGGAGAGCCACAAGUUGCAGGAAUAUGAGUAAAUCUUCCCCUCCUGCAGUUAUCAACAGCGAGCAUGUUGUAGGGGGUUAGAGUGUUGGACAGGGAAGGCUUGGGUUCAAAUCCCCCAUGAACCUGCCUGGGAGACCCUGAGCCAGUCAUAUGCAUUUUGUCUAGCCUACCUCACAGGGUUGUUAUGAAGUUACAACCAGAGCAUCUCUUGGGAUAACCCCAAAGUUCUGUGGAGGGGUGUGAUGCAAACGUGAUCAACAGGAGAUCAUUAGUGUUACAAAGCACUUCUCAGGCUUAGCCCUUCUAUGUUUUCAAGCAACAAGCUGCCGGAGAACCACCACUGUGGCUAGUGGGGUGUAUACAAGCCCCAGUCCAGGCUGUGUGGUUUUUGUACAGUCUGGGAGAAACGUUUUGUGGUUGCCAGGCCCUUGACUCUACUGAGCCAUUCCGUGAAAUGAAAGCAGGAAGAACAGGAGCAAUCUCUGAACUGGCCCCCAGUGCUGCAACCAAUUCUGUUUCCUUCUGUGCCUUCCUUCCUCAGACAUUCUCCAGAUAUUCAAAGCAAAACCCAUGUUUGUGUCUCUUUCCUUGUUUUCAGAACUAGCUUUGGUAGCUCAGGAUGAUGGGAUUAGCUUUAUGAAUGGGUAUUAAUAGAAGCGCUCAACCUUUUUCUCAGUGAUCGGCCAUGAACAUAAGAAGUGUCCUGCUGGAUCAGGCCAAUGGCCAAGUAGUCCAGCAUCCUGUUCUCACAGUGGCCAACCAGGUGCCUCCAUGGGAAGCCCACAAGCAGGGCCUGAGCAGAACAUCACUCUCCCCAGUUGUGAUUCCCAGCAACUCGUAUUCAGAGGCGGACUCCUUCCAAUGGUGCAAAGCAGAACAAAGUCAUUGUUGAUCCGAAACUGAUGGGUCCUCCUGAGGGCCAGCUAACAUCUUAUUUACAAUUAAGAAAUGUUACCUCUGUCCCCGAAUUCUUAAUAAACGUGAAGCUUUUUG